AACGCAGCGCGCUUCUUUAUUUCUUUAGGAUGCGUUUGUGUACGUCGGGCGAUUAACAUUUACACAUUUACAUAUAUUCGUGAUGAAUUUAUUUUGUUUCUAACGGUUCAUAGAUGCGAGUGUGCUCAAAUUGGUGUGAAUUUAAUUGAUGAAAUUGUGCCAGUGUCGUAUGCAAUUUUACAUAUAAACAAAAUUGCACUUUAUUGUGAUUACCGUGAAAUCGUAUUCAACUGAAAAUAAUUCCCAAAAGAUCGCAGAGUGCUUUAUUUCUUUGGGAUCAUAGAUAGAGAUGGAGGAAUGAGUAGAUUGAAAAAUUCAGCCAACUCGAAGUGAAAUAUACCCUCGAAAAAUGUACGCAAUUAUUAUGGAUGAUCUCCCGCUGCUGACAAUGAUAAAAGAAUAUUCAUCAUAUUACUGAAUUGCACCGGAUUCCAGUCAAUCAGAGCAAAGAAACCAAUAAGAAUCGUAGUGUUGAAAAUAAAUACCAGAAACUUGCCAUUGCAACAACGCGAUAAAAUGUCAUUGGUGGAAAGGAAACAUUUUCUACAGUGGACUGUGGUAAUGACGUUUGUGCUGCUUUCGGUGUCCGGUCUAGAUGCAGUAUCUAGCUUGCAAGGUGUGCCGACUUGGAUCUCUUUGGGACUUAAGUCGCCAUUCAUUGAGUUCGGCGCCCAGGACGAGCAGCUGGCCAACACGAGCAUCCCACUGAACAUCACCAAGGAUGAGCAGGCCUACAUGCAUCAGGAGGGACUCCGCAAGCUGGGCACCUUCAUCAAGCCCGUCGAUCUGCGCGAUUCGGAGACUGGCUAUGUGAAGGCGGAUCUCACCAAGAGACUGGAGACGCCCACUGCGCAGGCGCGUCGGGUCCAUCCCAUACAGGAGGAGAUGGAUCAGAAGCAAAUCAUCUUGCUGGAUGAGGAUACCGAUGAAAAUGGUCUACCGGCCAGUCUCACGGAGGAGGAUCGCAAGUUCAUUGUGCCCAUGGCACUGAAGAAUUCCUCGCCCGAGUUGCGUUGGGGUGUGCCCGCCAAGACGCCCGUGUUCUCCAGUCUGACGAGCGCAAAUCCCACGCGUUCGUCGCUGCCAACGGCCGCAAGGCGGCGUAGCACCACUACGCACACCAGCACCACAAUUGCACCGGAUCCCACUUCGAACAUCGAUGAUCUGAAGAAGCACAUUCUCUUUCUGCACAACAUGACGAAGAGCGACAACAAUUUCGAGUCGAAAUUCGUCAAAUUCCCGAGCUUACAGAAGGAGAAGAGCAAGCAGGGUGGCGGCGGCGGUGGUGGCAGUGGCGGAUCUUCCAACACGAAUGCCAAGCGUCCCCAGCGACCUGUGCUUCAAUAUGCUGCUCCCAUUGCUCCGCCCACGCGCAGGGUGCCACAGGGAGCGCAUACGCCAGGUCAAAAGCCUUUCGGUGGUUAUUACCACAACGAGGAUGAGUCGAACACCUUCGUGGAUGUGGUUGGCUCAUCGGAUCGCAGCAAGGAGCGCACCAAGUACGAGGGUGUGCCUCAGGUGCAUCUUCUGGGCGAUUACGAUACGUCAACUACGACGUCGUCGACCACAACGACAACCACAACGUUAGCUCCGCCGACCGAGUCGAGCUCCAAGCGCACCACAAAGCGUCCCGUUUGCCUGCGCAAUCCCGAGUCACCAAAAUGCGUGCGCCAACGCCAGCGAGAGGAGCAACAACGUCAGCGGGAACGCGAUGAAUGGUUUCGCGGUCAGGCGGAGUUUAUGCGGCCACGCUUCGAGCCCAUCAUACAGACAAUCAACAACACAAAGCGUUUCGCUGUGUCCAUUGAAAUACCCGAUUCCUUUAAAGUACAUUCCGAUGCAGCGCCUCCCGAUGAAGCGCCCGAUCUUCAGACGCUCUCACGCGUCAGCCGAAGCUCACAGCCGAAGCGACGCAACAUUGCCGCGGCGUCGUCGUCGGCGGAUAAGCUUGCGCAGUCGACAGGCAACUAUUUUGCCCAUGACAUCAUCAUGACGUCGGCGGGCGUAACCGAUGGUCGUGAAUUUAUGCUCGCCAAUGUGCAUCAGUUUGGCAUGCUGCCUCCUGAGCAUGAGAACGAAACAUUGCCCGCCCCCACAGCAGCGUACUCGGAGACGAUCAAUCUCAAUCCCGACAACUGCUAUACGGUCGAGGGUCUCUCCUAUGGCCAGAAGAAACAGUGCGCUCUGCACACGAGUGUGAUGCCCGCGAUAAGUCGCGGAGCACGCGCUGCCAUACAAGAAUGUCAAUUUCAAUUCAAAAAUCGUCGCUGGAACUGCAGCACUACAGACGAUGCCACCGUCUUCGGUCCCAUGACUGGCUUGGGCACACCGGAGAUGGCCUUCAUACACGCGUUAGCGGCGGCGACUGUGACCAGUUUUGUGGCACGCGCCUGUCGCGAUGGUCAGCUCACAUCGUGCGGAUGCUCGCGCGGAUCGCGACCCAAGCAGUUGCAUGACGAUUGGACCUGGGGUGGUUGCGGUGACAAUCUCGAGUAUGCCUACAAAUUUGCUACAGAUUUUAUUGAUGUGCGCGAGAAGGAGACGCGUCGCGGCACACGUGGAGCGGGAAAUCCGGAGCGUCGUCGCAAGCAAAUACAGGCCGACGAUGCCAAGGGCGGUGGCAACUCGCAGAUCAACGAGGAGAACGUCAAGAGUACGAAGGAGACCAAGUCCAAGUCGAGCCACGAUGGCAAAAAUGAGACUGCGUCAUCGGUGAUGUCUGAUCUGCAGAGUAAGGCAAGAAAAAAGGGCAAUGAUUCGUCGUUGCUGCCGUCAGUGGCGUCGUCAUCGCUUGCCCCACCUAAGCAGGAGUCCAGUGAUGAGAAAGACGAGCCUCGCAUUAAUUCCGAGGAUUUAAUAGAGCUGCAAGAGCGUAUCACUAAGGAAAUUCUAAAUUCCAAGCUAAAGGAAAACGAUAUGAUCGAAUUGCAGGAGAACAUCAAUCGUGAAAUUCUGAACUCGAAGCUGUUCAACGGAGAGGCUAAUGGAAAGCGUCGCAAGCGCAAGCGCAAGAAUCAACGGGCUGUUAGUGGAGAGGCGCCUGUAAUGUCGAACGCCAACAUCAAGGCUAGAAGUCUUAUGAAUCUACACAACAAUGAAGCGGGCCGUAGGGCCGUUAUUAAAAAGACACGAAUUACGUGCAAAUGCCAUGGCGUUUCAGGUUCAUGCAGUUUGAUCACGUGCUGGCAGCAAUUAUCUUCCAUCAGAGAAAUUGGUGACUAUUUGCGCGAGAAAUAUGAAGAGGCUACUGAGGUGAAGCUGAAUAAACGCGGACGUCUUCAGGUGAAGAACAGCCAGUUUAAGGUGCCCACCGCGCACGAUUUAAUCUAUUUGGAUGAAAGCCCGGACUGGUGUCGCACCAAUCGUCUAUUGCAGUGGACAGGUACGCACGGUCGUGUGUGCAACAAGUCUUCGUCGGGUCUCGAUGGCUGCGGCAUUCUGUGCUGUGGCCGAGGCUACAACACCAAAAAUAUCAUCGUUCGCGAGCGCUGCAACUGCAAGUUCCACUGGUGCUGCCAGGUUAAAUGCGAUGUAUGUACAAAGGUACUCGAGGAGCACACAUGUAAAUAGGUUUAUUCAAUGAUAGGCAGCACAGAACAAUGUCCAUACGAUCACGAUUCGCAGCUAAACAUAAAUUAAAACAACAAAACAAAAACAUAUUUAUAUAUAUAUAUCGAUUUAGAAUAUUAUUUAUUAAAAUUAAUUAAGUUACGUGAGGCUGUUGCCUAAUGGAUUUUAUUCUUAACUUAAACCGCAAACACACACACAUUUACAGACACACGAAAAAAGGUUAUUAUUCCAUAAGGUUUAAUUGGCGUCCAUGUUGUAUUGUACAUACGUAAUACUUGUACAUCUUAUAAUUGGACCAAUAUAUAGUACAUACAUACAAAACAUAUAUACGUACUUUAGAGCAGUAAACAAUUUUUUUAGUCUUUAGUGCAGAGGGAAAUAAAUCCAUUUUGGUCGUCAUUUCCCAAAUUUAAAUCCCUCCCAAAUGAAACCAACCCAGCAGAGGUUUUCCUUUAAUCGAAGUUUUUCGUCACGUUUAUCUAGUUUUAAAUUUUGCCAUUAGUUCUAGUUUCCUUCGACAUGUACUUGUUACAACGUGACUAAAUUCGAAAACCAUUUACUGAAAUAAUAAAAUUGAAAAGCUGCAUUCACAAAUACAAAUACGAUGAACACU